AUGAGUGCUUCGCAGCCUCACCAGCAAGGCCGUAGGCAUUCCCUAAAUGCCUACUUCAGCUUUGUCGACCCAACAACAAUAAUAACUACUGGCAAUAAAAAGGGUAACGGCGAUGAUGAGUCAUCACGGCGAUCAGCAGAAAAGGAAACGCAGCAAAGAACACAGUCAGCAGAAGCAGCAGAAAACAACAAUCAGGCAACAGCAAAUGCGCUGACAGCAACCAGUCUGCAGGUACCAGCAAACGCGCAGGCAACGAAGAAAAUCACAACGCAAGGUGAGAACGCAAAAAAAAAGGCCCGUCUGUACAAACAGGCAUUGACCGCUACGUCAAUAUAA